UGGAACAUGUCCUAUGUUCCCAUCCAAGAUGCAAGGUGUGCCGCCCCCCCCUCCUACCACCAGCAUCAGCACCAUCACCUCCUUCACCACCACCAGCGGUCCCAGCAGGUCCCGGCCUUCCACGCCGCCCCCCCGGCGUACCCCUACGCCCGCACUUCCUUCGAGCAGCCGUCCGACGAGCGCCCGGCGCCGCCGCCCGACCGCUGGAAAGCCCGUCUGCGCGUGAGCCCCGGAAAGCCCUCACACAUGUUGGACCAGGAAGAGGUGCACCCCCUUCUGAUGCGCGAGCGGCGCUCCGAGUCGCACAGGAACAAGUUGCUGCGCCGCACGGUCAGCGUUCCUGUUGAGGGCCGACAUCAUCCCGAGAUGGAUCACCGACCUCGGCGGAAGAGCAUCGCCACGGGGAAGCAGCCCAGCAUGGACGUCCCCCCCACCGCCCCCCUUCAACCCUUCCGACAGUCCGUGAGUAACCCCCCCGCCUGCUCCUUCUCGCUGCCCCGCGCCCGCCCGCCCCCGCUCGCCCCCGCCGCGUCGGGCCCUCAGGCUGCGCCGGCGGGGCUGCGAGGUGGCCGGCGGCGGCCCCCCCCCCUGCUGCCCCGCUCGCCGCCCCUCUCCCCUCGCCUGUCGCUCCCCCUGCCCCGCUCGGCCCUCCCCCCCCCCUUCUCGUACUGGGGCGGAGACCGGAGGGCCGGCGCUCGGAGUCCCGCGGCGGGAGGAAGCUUAAUCGCAGCGCUGCCCCCGGUGGAGAGUUUCCUGAGCAGGAGGUUGAAGGGUUCCAUCAAGAGGGCCAAGAGUCAGCCCAAGCUGGACCGCAGCAGCAGCUUCCGCCACAUGAUCCUGCCUCGCUUCCGAAGCGCCGACCAGGACAGGACGCGUUUGAUGCAAAGCUUCAAGGAGUCGCACUCGCACGAGUCGCUGCUGUCGCCCAGCAGCGCGGCCGAGGCGCUGGACCUGACGCUGGACGAGGACGCCGUCAUCAAGCCGGUGCACUCCAGCAUCCUGGGCCAGGAGUACUGCUUCGAGGUGACCACGGCGUCGGGAACCAAGUGCUUCGCGUGUCGCUCGGCGGCCGAGAGAGACAAAUGGAUCGAGAACCUGCAGAGGGCCGUCAAGCCCAACAAGGACAACAGUCGGCGCGUGGACAACGUGCUGAAGCUGUGGAUCAUCGAGGCCCGCGAGCUGCCCGCCAAGAAGCGCUACUACUGCGAGCUGUGUCUGGACGACAUGCUGUACGCCCGUACCACCAGCAAGCCGCGAACUGACACCGUCUUCUGGGGGGAGCACUUUGAGUUCAACAACCUGCCCGCCGUGCGAAACCUACGCUUGCACCUCUAUAAGGAGACGGACAAGAAGAGACGCAAGGAAAAGAGCACCUAUUUAGGAUUAGUGAGCAUCCCCAUCUCCAGCAUCACCGGGCGCCAGUUUGUGGAGCAGUGGUACCCCGUCAUCCAGCCCAGCGUUCUCACCAAGGGGACGGGCGUGGUCGGCGGCGGCAAGAUCAUCAACGCCUCCCUGCGCCUCAAGUCCCGCUUCCAGACCAUGAACAUCUUGCCCAUGGAGCUUUAUAAAGAGUUCGCCGAGUACAUCACCAACAACUACCGAACGCUCUGCGUCGUCCUGGAGCCCGUCCUCAGCGUCAAGAGCAAAGAGGAGGUGGCCUGCGCACUGGUGCACAUCCUGCAGAGCACCGGAAAAGCCAAGGACUUCCUGUCAGACAUGGCCAUGUGCGAGGUGGACCGAUUCAUUGACCGGGAGCACCUUAUCUUCAGAGAGAACACUCUGGCCACCAAAGCCAUCGAAGAGUACCUCAAGCUCAUCGGACACAAGUACCUCAAGGAUGCCAUCGGGGAGUUCAUACGGGCCUUGUACGAGUCGGAGGAAAACUGCGAGGUGGACCCCAUGCGAACGCCUCCGUCCGUGCUGCCCGACCAUCAGGCCAACCUGAGAAUGUGCUGCGAGUUGGCCCUCUGCAAGAUCGUCACUUCCCAUUGCGUUUUCCCGCGGGAGCUGAAGGAGGUGUUCGCCUCGUGGCGAGUGCGCUGCGCCGAGCGCGGGCGCGAGGACAUCGCCGACCGGCUGAUCAGCGGCUCGCUCUUCCUGCGCUUCCUCUGUCCCGCCAUCAUGUCGCCGUCGCUCUUCAACCUGACUCAAGAGUACCCCGACGAGCAGACGUCGCGCACGCUCACGCUCAUCGCCAAAGUGGUGCAGAACCUGGCCAACUUCUCCAAGUUCGGCAACAAGGAGGAGUACAUGUGCUUCAUGAACGAGUUUGUGGAGAUGGAGUGGGGCUCCAUGCAACAGUUCCUCUACGAGAUCUCCAACGUGGACAGCGUCAGCAACGCCGGCGCCUUCGAGGGCUACAUCGACCUGGGCCGGGAGCUGUCCGUGCUCCACAGUCUCCUCUGGGAGGUCAUGGCCCAGCUCAGCAAGGACGCCAUCAUCAAGCUGGGCCCCCUCCCGCGGCUGCUGAACGACAUCAGCAUGGCCCUGCGCAACCCGCACCUGCAGCGGCAGCCCAGCCAGCAGGCGGAUCGGCUCCUGUCCCGGCCCUCCUUCAACCGGGGCAUCUCGUCCGACUUCCAGAACCUCCUGAUGAGGGACCUCAACAGCUCAAUGGACAUCACCCGCCUGCCUUCCCCCACCUCCACCGGCGGGGUGAUGCCGUCCCGCUCCCAGUUGAGCUUUCAGGAGCGCGAGCGCCUCCUCCACCGAGCCCCGUCCAAAGAUGUGUUCUACGUGUCCCGCCCCCCCCUGGCUCGCUCCAGCCCGGCCUACUGCACCAGCAGCUCCGACAUCACCGAACCCGACGGCAAGGAUUCCCGAAUGAACAGCGUGUCUAACCUGCAGUCGGUGGACAUGCUCAACUCCUCCCAGGCCUCCAUCGCCGGCAUGGGCAGCUUCGGGGGGCUGAGCGGUGGCGGCCUGGGUUCGGGGCUCGGCGGCCAGCCGCGGGCCGGCGGCAGGCUGUCGGCCGGCUCCGUCGCGUCCGGCGGCCUGCGGCCGAGCCGGAUGAGCGCCGCCGCCGCCGCCGACUCGCUGUCCCAGCAGCAGCAACAGCAGGCCGCCGCCAUGCGCUACCCGCUUUCCUUCCAGAAUCCCCUCUUUCACCUGGCGACGGCGGACGGGCCGCGGCACCCGCAGCGCGGGCGCGCUCAGCCCCCCGCGCCCCUCCUCCUGGCCCCCGAGCCGGAGCCCUCGCACCCCAGCUACGUGCCGCAGUUCGCCCACGGGGGCUUCUCCCGCAGCGAGGACCUGUCCACCCUCAGGACCCGCGACGGCCACCUGGGCCAGCCCAGCAUCAUCCACUCGCACAGCUACAGCGACGACUACGGCAGGGCCGACUACGCCCGCCGCCAGAUGUCCGCCCACGUGCAGGACAACAUUCAGCAGCAGCAGAUGAUGGGCCUGACCUCCCAGACGGGCACCUCCCACUCGUCCUUGGCCACCACGCCCCCCUCCACGGUCCAACCCCGAGGACCGCCGCCUCCCGCCCAGCGCGUCAAAUCUCAGACGUCGCACCAGCUGUCGGUCAGCGCCGCCGCCCCGGUCAAGUUGCGGCCCCAGAGCGGAAACCUCCUCCAGUCGCCCGAGUCGGCCUACGGGGCCGGGAGGCAGCAGCACGGCGGGGGCGGCCGCCAGCUGACCGUCAAGGACAACGCGGCGCCGGGGCUGCCUCGCCAGCAGAGCUCGGUCCGGGAGUCGGGGAGCCCGCAGGGCACCGGCAGCCCCGCCGCCCAGACGUCGCCCCAACAGCAGCAGCCGCAGGCGCAGCCGCAGCCGCAGCCGCAGCCGCAGCAGCAGCAGCAGCACCUCCUCAAGCCAAACGUCGGCAAGCAGGCGCCUUCGAGCCUCAACCCGGGGACGCCGGCCAACGAGCGGACGGUGGCCUGGGUGUCCAACAUGCCGCACCUGUCGGCCGACAUCGAGAGCUCGAGGAUCGACCGCGAGGACUUCAAGCUCAAGGAGUACUCCAAGAGCAUGGACGAGUCGCGCAUGGACAGGGUGCGCGAGUACGAGGAGGAGAUCAACUGCCUGAAGGAGCGUCUGGUCAUGUCGCACAAGAAGCUGGAGGAGUACGAGCGCCGCCUGCUGACGCAGGAGCAGCAGACCAACAAGAUCCUGCUCCAGUACCAGAACCGGCUGGAGGACAGCGAGCGUCGCCUGCGCCAGCAGCAGCUGGAGAAGGACUCGCAGAUCAAAGGCAUCAUCAACAGACUCAUGGCCGUGGAGGAUGAGAUACGGGGAGGACACGUCAUUGAGCCAAAAGCAGCCAGGAUUUUCCCAGAUCAGGGGAGGCGUCAGUCCAUCCUAGUGCAGCCUCGUCUCGCCCCCGUCCCACCCCGAGUGUCCAGCCACUCGCAAAGCUUCAUGGAGGACAGUGCGGAAGCUAACUGGCUGAUGCGCCAUCAGCGCCACGCGGCGGGCUGGCACGGCCAAAUGUCUCGCGCGCUCUCCCGCGACGCUAUUGGCUGACAAAGGGAGAACGCAGGCCACUGGUCCCGGUCUGUGCGCUGUAAGGACGGUCCGGAACCCCAGCGGACCAUGUGAGGAACCGCGGCGGGCUCCUUGCCUUUUUCUUUUUUUUUGGGGGGGGGGGGGGAUGCGUGUCAGAACAUUUGUGCAUGACUAUGCAGGAAAAGAGAGUGGAGGUGCAUUGUGGGUAUUGUAUUUCCAAGGUGCUUGACCUCUCUCAACCCGAAUGUUAUGUUGAGGGUCAAUUCAUACGUCAUAAGUCACCAAAAUGGCUGCUUGAAACCAACAUGGCCGACUCCGCGUCGAAUAGUUUCCGCGUGCCUCGUUGAAGCUGCUGUCACGGGGCUCUCUUUUUCUCUUUUCUUUUCCUCUCAAACUUUCCAAGCGCCUUUUCCACGGAAUUCCUCUGCAAAAUGCUUGGUCGGUCGAGUUGAGGGUUCGAGUCCCCGAGACGUUUCGGAAACAUACGUAGCCCAUUUGUUGCGCGGGCGCGCGGGAGAGAGUGCCGUCAGGGGCCCCAAUUUUCAAAGCGGUCCCACCCGAAACCUUUGUUCGCGGUUUUCUUCCAGACUCCGUGAAACGUGUCCGAAAUGGCGGCUCGUUGCCGACUUCCGGGGCGUGCGUGAAAGCAGCGUUUUUUUUUUUUUUAACUUCAGCUUUGGUGACUUUUAACUUAGACGUGAAAAAUAAUACAAACGUUGUCACCAGGAUGCAAAGCGCUCCAAGUAGUUUUUUGUUCUUAAUAAGCGUCCUCAGCAAAUGUCCAAAAUGUCCAAUGGACUCUUUUUUUUUUUGUCCUUUCUGAGACUUUUUGGUCAAAUUGACCCAGCAACAUAACAGGAGGGUUCAAGCUGAUUUACUUUCAAAGCAUUUAUUCAUAUGAUGAUGAUGAUGAUUAUUAUCUCUCUUUCUCUCUCGCUUGUAGUCUUUUGAAAUUGUCAUCCACGGAGGAUUUUCAUUGACUUUUUUUUUUUUUUUUUUUGGUAUUUCCGACUGCCGCUCUUCUUCUAACGGUUAUAUCCAGUAUCCGGACUCGUUGUUUGAAAUCUUCCAGUGAGGUUUUUUUUUUUUUUUAAAUGUAUUUUCCUCUUCGACUCUCUUUCGUCUUUGCCGCCCACACGAGCACACAGAAAAAGGGACAAGAUGGCGCGUUUGUCCCCCAAACUUUUUGCACAUGACGCCGUCGCCAUGGAGCUCUCCGUUUACAAACAAGAGGACUGCAAUUUAUUAUUAUUAUUUUUUUUUUUUUUUUUUCUCCUGCCGGUCCUCGGUGAAUUCGGGCCGGGAAUUCCGACGGUCCCGAUCCAUUCCCGGACUGCUCGGAAGGACAAAUUCCUCAGCCGGGAUGAAUGUGUGUACACGUGUGUACAUAUCCAUAUCCGCAGUAUGUGCGAUGUAAAUGUUUGUUUGUAAUAAGAUGCAAAAGUGUACAGUUAUUUUUCUCCCCCCCGCCCCCGCCCCCCCCCCAUGCUCUGUGCUGUUUUUCUCGAUAAUGGGGGGGGGUCAAAAAUGGUCAUUUGUGACACUUUUUCUACCAUUUUUCGGGGGCGAUUGUAAAUAGGAACAUUUGCUUUGGCUUCCACUUGAUUGGUCGCGGGUUGUCGUUCAGAGAUCUAUAUUUAUUCCGACAACACUGAUAUAUGAUAUUUAGUUAUGAUUUGGGAUCUUUUUCAUUUUUGGUGACAUUUUUUUCUUUUCUAAUACUAACUAAGUGUGCCUCCCUUAUUUACUGAUCCCCGCCCCGUGCUCCCUUUUGACAAGCCAUAUGAAACGCCCCCCCCCUUCUCUUCCCUCCCCCCUUUCCUUCCCUUCCCUUUUUUUUGUGAACAGAAUGGAUAUUUUUUGGUGUAUAUUAUUGGAAGAGUGCCGUAUGUACAUGAAUGUGGGUGUUCUGAUGAUUUCAUUAUUGCUGUCAUAACAAUAAUAAUAUGAAUAAUAUUGCGGAUAUUAUUUGGGUUUUGUCGAUUGACUGGUUGGGCGCACGCGCGGUUGAUGAUGACGACGUCGUGAUCCUUCUGUUUUUUUUUCUUUGUUUUGUUUUUUUUUUUCCCCCUUUUGAAUACACCGGAAAUUUAUAUUUUUCGGGUGAGUGAAUCUGGUGGUAGAAAUUAAAUAAAUUGAUUAAUAAAUGAUAACAUUCUUAAUUAAUUCUGCUUUUGUGUCGUUUUCCCGUUUUUUUAGUUGACAAAAUUAUUUUGAGGCUACAAAUAAAAACCAAU